AUGGUAGAAGCCAAGCAUCGAGACAUUGAAGGUGUCAUGUGGGGCGAAAGCACGGUAUGUAACGCAAAAUGGGGCGGCGCACGUCUUCGAGACAUGCUCCUCCGAGCGGGGGUUCUUGGCCAAAACCAAGACAAACUGCAUGUAUGUUUCGAGUCUCAUGUAGCCAAAUGUCAGGAGGAGGAUUGGUUUGGGUCGUCCAUUCCUCUAGAAAAGGUUUUGGACGUCAAUGGUAACGUUCUACUGGCAUACGAAGUGAACGACGAGCGGCUCUCACCAGACCAUGGGCACCCUUUCCGCAUUGUUGUUCUUGGAUAUUCAGGUGUCCGGUGGGUGAAAUGGGCUGACAGGAUAAGCAUCUCUGCAGAGGAAUCCCCAAACUUCUACCAGAAGGGUUACAAAGUCCUUCCGUCAUAUGUAAUGACAUAUGAAGAAGCCGACAAGCAGUCGAGACUCCCACUUUUUCAAGCCAAUCCACUGAGUUCUGUCAUCGCUAUCGCUGAAAUAAAAUCCUCAACGCUGCACGUGAUGGGAUAUGGGGGUUCCGGGACCAGGAGGACAAGUCGCUCGCGUGAACGUCAGCAUACAUGAAGGUAAGACUUGGCGUCCAGCGCGUAUCUCGUAUCAAAGUCGAUGAAGUUGGACGCUGUGGGAAACCACCAUUGACCGGGGUAACGAUGAUAGCCACGGGAGUAAGGUCGGAAAGUAUUGAGCAGGGGUGUUGGCGAAAACGGAGAAGCACAACCGUUGGAAGUUCAUUGGAAUUUGAGAGGCGUUGCGUAUUCUGCUGUGGUAGAAUAUACGUUCCAAGCAGUCGGGGAGACUGAAGGUUGAAAUUUCCAAGAACGUUGGUUAGGUUACCACUCCAGAUAGUAUACAAAGAAAGUGAAAAGAUACAAUAUCGUGAA